UAUUCCAAGAUGGCGGCUCCAAAAGGAACUCUAGAGGUUCUUCAAAUACUGUCCAUCGUUUUAUCUAGUUUCGUUCUUGGUAUUAAUGGCGAAUCCAAGCACGUUAGUGCUUCGUUGAAUGCAAGAUGGUCGUGGACGCCAUUAGAGUUGGAAGCCAGUGAAUUUUUAGCGCGAGAAAGCAACGAGAAGUUUUGGAAGUUUGUAGAAUUUUCUAGAAAUAUUCAUACAAAGAGUAGUGAUUUAGAAAUAUAUCAAAGUAUAGUUAAAAAUGCAGAACAAUUGUUGAGUCCAGUAGGAUUACAAUUAUUGAAGUUUUCCUUGUCUAUACGAAGCUAUUCUCCCAAAGUCGAACUUCAUAAUAAGGUAGCCCGUGAGGUACCAGAUAUUUCUGAGUGUAGUUCAUUUGUUCAAAUUGGUUCAAAAGUAACCUGUAAAUUGCAAGAAGUUGUACAAUUGAUAGAAUCUUCUAAUGAAGUAUCACCAGUCCAGUUAUACGACUUCGAUCAUCAUUACCCAGAAUCCAACGAGAACCCAGUCAUUGUUAUUCUUUCCGGUCAUAUUGGUACCGCUGAGUUCAACUCAUUCCACGAUGACCUAUCACGCAUGGCAGCCCAGGGGAAAGUGCACUAUGUAUUACGUCAUUAUGUUAAGAACCCUCGUAAUUCCAAAGUACGCUUAUCAGGAUACGGUGUAGAACUCGCAGUCAAAAAGACAGAAUACAAAGCUGUAGACGACACCAAAGUCAAUGAAGAUGGCUCAGACACGCUGGGAAAGGAGAAGGAAGGAGACGAUGAAGUGGAAGGUUUUCUUUUUACGAAGUUAAGGAAGCUUUACCCACAUCUAAAUGAACAACUGGAUCAAUUCAGGUCCCACUUGAAAGAAAGCUCACGUGAAAUGGCUCCUCUAAAAGUCUGGCAGCUUCAGGACCUAAGUUUUCAAGCUGCUCAGAGAGUAGUCUCGUCAGACCCUAAAAGUGCCCUCCAGGUCUUGAGGGACCUCAGCCAGAACGUCCCUAAGUUAUCAAGGUCCCUCGUACGAACAAAAGUGAAGAAAGAACUAAGGGAAGAGGUUCUGAACAAUCAAAAGACGUUCAGUAAAAUUGGAAUCGAAGCUGGUGACAGUGCUCUGUUUAUAAAUGGUCGCUUGAUAGAUAUUGAGGACAUGAACCCUUUCGAAGUACUGGACCUCCUUCGUGAAGAAGGUCGUGUGUUGGACAAACUAUCUACGUUAGGGAUCUCAGGCGAGGCAUUAUCCAAACUCGCUACUCUGUCAGUAUCAGACGACCUUGAUUCAUAUGUUUUAGACACGCGUGACGACUCUGUCGUGUUCGUGAAUGAUCUUGAAAAUGAUCGAGAGUAUUCGGGGUGGCCCUCUCAUAUUCAGGAGCUUCUGAGACCGACUUUCCCAGGAAUGAUGCGCUACAUCGCCAAGAACAUUUUCCACGUAAUAUUUUUUAUUGACCCCGUGAAUUCUUUGAGUGUUGAGUUGUUGAAGAGUGCAGAGGAGUUUCUUCUUGCGUCCAUGCCCAUCAGGAUAGGUAUCGUGAUGGUAGCUGACGGCAAUCCAGGGAUCGAUGCUCGGAAAAGCAACGCCGCUGUUGCCAUAGCACGUGCGUUCUACUUCUUGAAAAACGAAAAAGACCCUCGGCAAGCAAUCCAGUGGAUUAUUAAGGCCUACAACAAAGCACCCCUAGACGACGACGAAGCGCUUGUCAGAGCUGUGUACGACAUUCUGGUGUCUUUAGUUGGCACUGACGACGCUAACGAUGUUCUUGGACCAGACUCGGAGUACGAUGAAGGGCGAAAAGAAUGGAAGAGAUUCUUUGAUCGUACUGGUUUGCAGAAACUACCUAAGGUUGUUGUGAAUGGUGUUCCUAUGAAGGAAGAGGAUCUGCUGAUUGUAGAGGAUAGUGUUAUUCGACAGGUUCUUAUGCAGACUGGUUCGCUUCAGCAGGCGGUCUUCAUGGGUCAACUUCAUCAAUAUUCCAACAUCUACGACCACGUGAUGUCCAAGCCUAACGUCGUCAAGCGAAUGAAUCAAGUGAUUCAGUCCCACGACCUCAGCGUGGUGGACCUGACAGGGCCCAAAGAAGCCGUGAAAAUCAACCUGGAUGAUUUUGAUAGCUUCAACAAGCUGGACACAAGCCAGAUGGUCAGUGGAAUAGAGACAAACAUGAACUACUUCACCAAGACGGACGACGAAAUGAGCCUCAAACCUAUCACUGCCUGGGUGGUUAUGGAUGUAGCCAGUGCGCAUGGGCGAAAGCUUCUUCAAGGUGCAUUACAGCAAAUGAAAUCUUCUUCCGACAUUCGUAUCGGAAUCCUUCACAACCCAAGUGUAAAGCUGGUUGCUGAGCCCGGCAAGAAACUGUACCUAACUAGGGCGGUUCAAGCCGUUUUACAAUCCAAGGAUCACGUGACACCUGCUAUGGUUGACUUUAUGGAAAGACUGCUGAACAGUGGGAAUGACUUCGAGAAGCUUGACAAAGAUUUUGAGGCAAUUCUACAGUUCAUCAAGGAUUCCAAGGAUUUGAAACACCUGAAAAUAGAAGAAAUCUUGAAGGACGAAAAAUCGUCCCUAGGAAGAAUUAAGUCUCAUCAAAAAUUCUGCAAAUCAGUGCUUGGAUUAAAACUAGGAGAGACUGCAGUCAUCGCUAAUGGAAGGGUACUGGGUCCACUGAAAGAGAGCGAGGUGUUUAUCAAAGAAGACUUCCAGUUACUAGAAGACUUUGACAUGAAUUCAUACGGCAAACAAGUCAAGGAUAUCGUGGAUAAUAUGGCGUUUAAAGAUUUGUCACCAGAUGAUGAUACAAGUGAAUACAGAAGUAACGCCAUCAUGAAGAUUUCUUCCAUACUGAGUGCUCGUGAGAAGAAAUCAAGAAUCGAGAUUCCUGUUUCAGAAGUCGAGCACAGUGCUGUUCACAUCAAGAGCGAGGCUGAAGCCAGUAUGAAUGUGGCGUUGAUUCUCGAUCCUCUCACGAAGGUUGCACAGAAGGUGGCCCCUUUUCUUAUGGUUUUACAAAACGUUACCAACCUAAACAUCAACAUCUACAUGAACUGUAGAGAGAAACUGUCUGAAUUCCCGCUUAAUCGCUUCUAUCGAUAUGUCCUUGAACCUCACCUGACAUUUGACACCAAUGGGAACCUAGAGCCAGGCCCUUACGGACUUUUUACGGACUUGCCCCAAACCCCUCUCCUCACCAUGGCAAUGGAUACACCGUUGGGAUGGAUGGUGGAAGCAGUGUGGACUCCUCACGAUUUGGACAACAUUUACUUGGAAGAGGUUAGCAAAGGCGUUAGUGCUGACUUUGAGCUGGAAUACAUUUUUAUUGAAGGCCAUUGCUCAGAUUAUCUGUCUGGUCAACCUCCUCGUGGUUUACAGUUUACUCUGGGGACCAAAGCCAAGCCAGACAUGUUUGAUACAAUAGUCAUGGCAAACUUGGGUUACUUUCAACUCAAGGCUUACCCGGGUUCUUGGGUACUGCGCGUGCGCGAAGGAAGGUCUGCUGACAUCUACGACAUUGACAGUGUUAGUGGAGGAACUAAACAAGAAGGAACGAACAACUACACCAUUUUUAUUGACAGUUUUGUUGGCAAGCUAAUGAAAGUCAAGGUGAAGAGAAAACCAGGAAUGGAGGGAGUAGAUCUUUUAGCCGAUUCAGACGAAGAAAAAGGAGGAGGAGGAGGAUUGUGGGAUUCUUUAUCAAGCAUGGUUGGUAGCGAGAAGAAAAAAGACAAAGUAGAAGAUGAGAAAAUCAUCAAUAUCUUCUCUCUGGCUUCAGGUCAUCUUUAUGAACGAUUUAUGAGGAUAAUGAUGUUAAGUGUCCUUAAGCAUACCAAAAGUAAAGUCAAGUUUUGGUUCCUCAAGAACUACUUAUCGCCUACUUUUAAGGCGUUCCUUCCUCUCAUGGCCAAGGAAUAUGGCUUCGAAUACGAGUUAGUUCAAUACCAGUGGCCACGAUGGCUGCACGCCCAGACAGAAAAACAAAGAAUUAUAUGGGGGUAUAAGAUCCUCUUCCUUGAUGUGCUUUUCCCUCUCCACGUCAAGAGGAUUCUUUUCGUCGAUGCUGAUCUGAUUGUUCGUGCUGAUUUACAGGAACUAAUGGACAUGGACCUUGAGGGAUCUCCAUAUGCUUAUACUCCUUUCUGUGAUAGCAGAACUGAGAUGGAGGGUUUCAGGUUUUGGAAGCAGGGCUACUGGAGAAGUCAUCUUGGGUACAGAUCGUACCACAUCAGUGCACUGUACGCUAUUGAUUUGAAGAGAUUCAGGCGAAUGGCUGCCGGUGAUCGUCUUCGUGGACAGUACCAGGGAUUAAGUCAAGACCCUAACAGUCUUUCAAAUCUUGACCAGGAUCUCCCUAAUAACAUGAUUCACCAGGUGCCAAUCAAAUCCUUGCCUCAGGAAUGGCUAUGGUGCGAGACAUGGUGCAGUGAUGAGUCACUCAAAACAGCCAAAACUAUUGACUUGUGCAAUAAUCCACAAACCAAAGAGCCCAAACUAAAAAGCGCUGUCCGUAUAGUGAAAGAAUGGCCAGAAUACGACGAAGAGAUUCGACGACUGCAGAAUAAACUAGCAGCAGAGUCCAUGGACAAACCAACAGAACCAACAACAACAGCAGGAUCUACCAAAACAUCCAAAGAAGAACUCUAAACAUCAUUUCAUUAGUAUCAUUUCUUACUUUAUUUUCACUAAAGACUAUGAAAAAAAGUGUUAAAAGUAUGCGAAAUGAACCAUGGAUGCGUAGCCCAUUUGCAUUUAAUACUAUUUAAUGCUUUCUCUUCUAUUCUUUACAAAAGCUACUUUUCCUAGCUUGUGUUCAUUAUCCAGCCACCACUCGUCUAGUCGACCGCAUCCUGUGUUCAUCGAUCGCGGUCGAUAUUAGUCGACUGAGGUCGGUAUUCAUAGAUUACAGUCGACAUUCUUUUACCAAUAAUGUUUGUAAACUAAAGUCGGGGUUUGUUGGUCAUGGUCGAUAUUCAUCGACCAUUGUUGGUAUUUAUCGACCACAAUCAGUAUCUGUUAACCCUCCUUCAAUCGAUCAUGACCGGUAUAUAUCGACCGUUGUUGGUAUUUAUCGACCACAAUCAGUAUCUGUUAACCCUCCUUCAAUUGACCAUGCCCGG